GUAUAUAGUUCAUGUGUCCAGGUGGGUUUCCUCCCAGACAUAGAACCGCUCAGUUCGUACUACUGUGGGGAGCAAACCGCUUACGUCUGGAACUUCGAGACCGAACAGAAUCCUCACAGACGACUUCCUUUCUGCUCAAAGACCUACACGGCUAAUACGUUAUCUGCCACUUACAACAUCAAAUAUCGAGACCUGCGCUGUCGCGAAAACGAGGCUUCCGCGUCCAUCGUGCGAGAUCUCGUGACGCGCGUGUUGCAGUCAGACGUUACCUGUGUGAGAGACGGGAAAUGUGAUAUUGAUGACGUCAGUGUCGGAUGUUCUGAAUCGGCCCGAGAAAAGCGAGACGUGUCUGACGACAACAUGGGCUUCACUGUAACACUGAGGAACAAUGUUGUGAGUCCAGAGACUGCUGCUUUACUAGAGUCUGCCAUGCGUGCUCUUCAAGACAACGCUCAAGUGGGCAGUUUCACCGUCAACAUCAGUGGAGUCGUGUACUACGUGGACGUCAACCAGACAGAUGUGUAUGGAGACGUCACCUGUCCACAAGGAAUGACCAGCUACAGCUACUUCUGUGUACCGUGUGGUCAGGGUUCGUUCCUGUCCCACGGAUCGUGUAUGCUGUGUGGAAAUGGCGCGUACCAAGACAAGACCGGACAGACGAUGUGUCAGCAGUGUCCAGUCGGAUGGACAACGGACAGCUUGGGUUCCAGGCGGGCUUCAGACUGCACAGUUGAACGACUUCCAGAACCUGCAUUAACAACAAUAGAUGCCCUUGCAAUAGCGGGUCCUGUGACUGCUGUGGUGACAGUUGGUGUUAUAGUCAUUUUCCUCAUCGUCAGACGAUUCAGUCGACGAAAAUCAGUAACACGUCCAAACACUCCAGCCAACGAGUUAGAUCCACUGCCUCCUACACAGCCUCUACACACCGCGUGUACAGAGCACGAGGCCUCAGUUUGAUAUGGAUGGACUCGAGUUGUAUCAACUGCCCUCUGUAAUGGAUCCGCAGAUCGCGAAACCUCGGUUUGAAAAGAAAGGAUAUGAACCGAAACCAGUCGUCGCCUGGAUGGACAUUAACGUAAACUCACUACAAUACCAAUCGAAAAUCAGCAUGCCUCCACUGUCAACAGCCCUGGAUCAAUGAAGAGGUGCCAGACGUUUAACUGUACAUUCAAAAACAAACAGAGGCUGUGAUGAAUAUUUUGUAUUUGAUCAAGAACUCAAUGGACUUGUGUUCUCUAAUGUGGUUGUAUAUCCAUUAUAUACAUAUCUGCACGUACGUAUCUGAUGUCAUAUAACCGCCAAGUAAAAUGUGUUAAGUGCGUUGUUAAAACAUUUCAGUACACAGUAUUAAAUAUACUGCUGACCAUCAGAUUUUAAAUAAAAACGUCGGUUUCGAGUAUUUUUCCGCGUCCUAACGACCCCCCCCCCCCCACCACCACCACCACACACACCCUUGUUUUGGUCAAGUAAUUAAGUAUAUUAUCAAUGUCACAUAACGACAUUAAAUCAAUGUUACCCCCCCC